UUGCGCCGCGCGCCGCUCAGUUGCGUUUCGGUUUCGGUAAUCGGCGGAAUCAGCGUAAUCAGCGGAAUCAGCGGAAACCGAUCGACAUGUCCGACAGCCAGCCCGAUGCGGAGGAGCAACCGCGCUCCUCGCAGCAGCAGAUGACGAUCAGCGCCUCCACGCAGGAGCUGGCCGAGCUGAUCGACAUCCACCUGGGCGCGCUGCGGCCAAAGGAUCCCUCGUGGCGGGUGGCCGACUCCCCGAUCUCGGGCCGCGGCAUCUUCGCCACGCGCGACGUGGCCGCCGGCGAGGAGCUCUUCCGGGAGCACACGCUGCUGGUGGGCCCCACGGCGCACCGGUCGAGCAACCUGCGCACCUGCACGCUCUGCUACCGCCUGCCGCCGGGCUCCUCCGACGCGGAGGCGCUCUGCCCCGCCGGCUGCGGGCUGCCUGUGUGCCCGGAGUGCCGCGGAGGAGAGCGGCACGCGAUCGAGUGCGGGCUGUUCCGCAAGUGGCGUCCGCUGGAGAGCAAAAGGAUCGAGCCGCGGGCCCUGCGGAUCCUCAGCGUGGUGCGCUGCUUCUUCCUGGACGAGCCGAGCAGGCGGCUGCUGUACGCGCUGCAGGCCAACAUGGACCGCUACUACAUGGCGGAGGUGCGCCGGGCGGCGGACUGCUUCGAGCGCUUCCCGCGCGAGCAGGACAUGCUGGACUUCUUCUACCGCACCGUCUGCGCCUUCAACACGAACGCCUUCGAGAGCCGCAGCAGCGUCCAGGGGCACGAGGUGCUGGUGCGCGCCCUCUUCCCGCUGGCCGGGCUCCUCAACCACCAGUGCACGCCCAACGCGGCGCACCACUUCGAGGGCGGCGAGACGAUCGUGGUCUGCGCCACGGAGCGCAUCCCGGCCGGCGCCGAGGUGACCAUGUCCUACGCCAAACUGCUCUGGUCGACGCUCGCGCGCAGGAUCUUCCUGGGGAUGACCAAGCACUUCCUGUGCAAGUGCGUCCGCUGCCAGGACCCCACGCUGGGCGAGGUGUGAGCUGUGAGAUGGGUGCGACGCUCGAUGCAGUGCACCUCCGUGCAUGAGGUGCUUCUCCUCGCGUGAGACGGUCCUCCAGUGAGUAGCCACUUCUGUUUGACCCCGGAUCGCUCCGCUCCGUGCUCGAGAAAGGCUCCCAGAAGAGUGUCGAGUGGGGAGCGACACUUGUUCGAGUAUCUAGCGAAUGCGCAUGACCACGGGAAUCCUCUUUCCUGCAAUCCCUGCGAACCAAAGGAAAGAUCGGAGGAACUGGAAUCGCUUGUGAACCAUCUGAGCAAUUCCCACUACUAUACUACAGUUCUUCUGAACUAGUUUCGGAAACUAGUUCACCCUCUUACAUUCCAUUACUCAUCUAUUCGGAUUCGGAUUCAGAUUCUGAUUCGGAUUCAGAUUCUGAUUCGGAUUCGGGCUGUCAAAGAUCGCAUAUCGCGGCAGUCUUUAAAUACCCCUUUGACCCAGUCGCGCGUCAGUCCACAUUAAUUUUAGACCCUUGUUUUGCUUUCGCUUUCCCCCUCCCCCUCUCCCUCCCCCUCCCCCUCACCAUUGUGUGCCCCCAAAAGAACGAGAAAACGAGUGUAAACUGCGCAGAGAUUCCUCGCAGCUGAGGCGGAAGGCCCACGAAACGGCCGGACAAUGAAAACAUUUCAGACUCGUCGGGUAUUUCGGUGCCAUACUCUUUCCCCUGCGGGCAACCGCACUACGCUGCUCCCUUGGCCAACCAGCUGAGAAUAGAUUGUGCUUCCACCGAUGGAGCGCAUUCCGUGCGCACUGUGUGCCACUGCCACUUUCAUCUGACUUUAGGGCUCUGAAUUGCUCUUUUGGACAUUCGGCAUUCGGCAUUCGGCAGUCGGCGUUCGAGUGUGUCUCCUCCGUUCGGCCUCCGUUCUGCCUCCGUUCGAUUGGGGCCAAUGAAACGGGCGAGGAGUGAAAAUAGAUUCCCAACGGGGGGGCGGGGCAGGCGCUUCUGCGAAGGGAGGCGCUGACUUGCGUUCGCAGCUGAUUUACGUACGCCCGCCAAACUGCGCCGGAACUGGGGCGCGGCAGGACGAGUCCACUCCCCAGGAUACUCAGGACACUUGGGACACCCUCCCCGACAUGUGACAGUGCGUGACAGUCACGAAGGAGCACGGAACACGGAACACAUCCCAUCCCAUCCCCAUUACAUCCCAUCCCACUCCACUUCAUGGUGGCUUCCACCUGGUCACGUGUCACGAAGCCCAUUUGACUCCGCUCCGCUUGUCACUGCCGCACGCAACUCCUCGGGUGGCGGCGUCUCAAUUUAUGUCCCUGCCACACGCACUGCCACAUGCAGUGGCAACCUGGGAGGUGGAGAGUGGGCAGUGGAUGGCGGCUCAUAUACGAACAAACCUUCGUAAUGCAAAUCCGUGCCGCAGCCAACCAACUGCCGCAGCAGAGGUUGUGGCGCCUAGGAGCAGCCUUUGGUGGCAUUCAGCAGGCGAGGUGCACCCAUUUCUAGCAGUGGGAGUGGCAGGGGAGGCAAUCACGCCCCCUUCUGGUGGCUGGUGGCUGCAUCUCCGCCAGCAAUCUUUCCAGCUGCUCAAUUGCCUCAGUUUGGCGCCGGAACAAAUCGGAAUGGGAGGGGAGAUGGGAACGGGUGGAGGGUGGUGGGUGGUUCUAUGGCUUCGCCUCACUUUAUGGCAUCCAUAACCAACCGCAGGCGGAGGUGGUAAGAGGGGGAAGGGGAGGGGAAGGGGAGGCAUACACGCCGAGGUGUUUGGCGAACAAAUUGACAGCGGGAAACGUUCUUUGAUGGCUGAAUGCCCGAUUGCUGCAUCAAUGCUUUCCCCUCCCCCCCGGCGAAUCCAAUUGAACGCAACAAUAGCAACCACACAACAACAGCAGCAGCAACAGCAACAACAACAACAGCAGCAGCAACAGCAACAACAGCAGCAACAGCUCAGGCACAAAUUGAAUAAGAGUCAAAAGCAAAAUCCGCUUUGCGGCGUCCCAGCCAAAUGUCUCUGUUGCCCAGCGGAGCACUCGAGGCGCCUCCGCGUUCCCAACUGCGGAAUCUCCCACGAAUCCGUAUUCCCGAGAACCUAAUCAUAGAUAUCUUGCACUCCAAGCACUAACUUAUCUUGAUUCGGAUGCAUUUGAAGAUGUUCAGAAUGCGCAACAUUAAAUCACAAAUAUCCAUGCUCCUCCAUGAUGAUGAUUUGGCUGCCAGUUAAUUGAUUUUCAUUCCACAUAUUAUAUUAUUAUUAUAUUAUACAACAGCAUGUUUCAUUAUUAAUUUUAAUAUUCGAUUGCCUGGUUUCCCGAACUCUUUCCCUUCGCAAAAGAAAAGCCUUUUUGGCUUCCGAAAGUGGGAACUCGGCGGCACUGGCGAGUGCUGAGUGCUUUCGGUGUGCGUGUGCCUUGGAAAAAUCAUAUUCGACUGUCGUCGUUGUCGCUGUGUCCCUCCCCCUUCCUCCUCCCCC